GCCCGUCCGGCGGCGCCGCCAUGGCCGCCACGGCCGGGAGCCGCACGCAGAAGAUCGGGAGCGUGUUCAGCCGGACGCGGAACCUGGUGCGCAUCGGGCUGCUGGAGAAGCCGCUGUGGCUGGACGUGUACGCCGCGUUCCCGCCGCUGCGGGAGCCCGUGUACCGCGUACCGCGACCGCGCUGCGGCGGCGGCGCCCGCGACCCCAUCGCGCCCAUCUUCUACCGGGAGGACACCGUGCGAGCGAGAUUUUACCAAGUUUAUGGCAAUGGCCCCAGGCCUUUUGACCUGACACAGUUAAACUUCAAAUCUACUUGCCAGAGGUUUGUUGAGAAAUACAAUGAGCUGAAGGAAGAAGGGAAAAUUGAAGAGGAGAAAUUGUUUGAAGAAACAGGAAAAGCCCUUUUAGCCAGUGGGAUCAUUUUACAGAGAAGAGGAGUAGAUAAAGUGUCCCAGCAGGAGCAGCAGAGUGCUGGAUCCAGGGAUCCUGCCUUGCAGCUGCAGCUCCAAAGUGUUCUGGAGGAGCUGCAGGAGAAGAGGAAGGACAGGCAGGAGCAGCCACCAGAGCUGGCAGGGACACACAAGGAGCAUCCCCAUCCCUCCUGACAGCCCUGCUGAGCUGUGUCACCUGCCAGGAGCCAACCUCCAGCCCUCUUUGGGGACAUUUCCCUGAGGGAACAGCAUCCUGGUGCCCUCCAUGUCACACAUGUUCCCCUCUGUCCAGCUCCACAUGGAUAAAGUCACAGAUAAUAUUUUUUUUUUUUAGGGUUCAUGACUGUUUUUUGAAAUCAACUUGGAAAAUAUCGAGUGUAAAAUUAAAACGUUUUCUUUAAAAACUGGAA